ACACAGAAUACACAAACGACGCUGGACCAGAAUGUGUUAUUGAUUAUUUUCCUCUUGUUAGAAUAAUAAUAAUACAUCUUUCAUCCCCAUUUUGGUUUUUUUUUUGCGUUUCCCCUCCCCACCCCUCUCCCCAAAAAACUUUUCCCUUUGAAAGGUACUUUGGCCCGGCAUCGUUUCGAAUCGACAGUCGCCGUGUUUUUAUGCGUUUAUCGUUCACGGUACCCCUCCGCAAACGGUGGAAUGACGAUCACGACUACGGCGGCGUUAUUCGCGUAGGCCGUCGUUGAGAUCUCGGCCAACGUUUACAACUGUUGUAGCACCAGAAGCAGCAUCAGCAACAAUAUUCAUUCGCCACCCGCCAAAAACGCUCGUCCUCAAAUCGGCAGUCAGACGUCGUGACGGAAAACGUCCAGAUCAGCCAAAAGAAGAGAUGUGUACAAGGUGAGUGGUACCUAUACCUAAUUGCUAAUUUAUUGCCUACUGAAAUUGUAGUCCCGUUGCAAGUUUUGCGUUAAAUUAAUUACAUAUCUAAGUUAUAAGUAAUCCAUGUAAUUGUGCUGUCAGUGUCUGAACUCUAAAGAACAGCAUGAGAUGUUGGCUCUAGCACUGAAAAUAUCAAUUGACAAGCCUGUAAAGGCCGACAUAUCUGUAACUUUAAGUGUAUGGUACAUCUGUAUGGUAUUGUUGUCCGAUUCAAUGUUUUACUGUAUAAUAUGCUCUCCUCUCUAACACUAUAUAAUAUCAUUUAAGUCUGUUCAAUUUUUUUUUUUUUAUAUAUAUAUAUAGAAUGGAGAUAACUUUUACAUUCUGGCAUGACAUUUUCAAUAGUUCGUCUGUUCUUUGGUGUUGGAUUGCCGACAAGAUUCAUAACUAAUGCAAAUGUAAGUGUAAUUCUUUUCUAAUUUUUUUUUAUUUAUUUAAUUUUUAAGUACAACAAACCCAUUCUUUAUUUUAGAGUAGCCAGACAUUCACAAUAAUUAUACGUUUUAUUUUAAUUUUGGAACCACUAGACAUUACUCAUACUAAUGCAAUUAAAAAUUAUAAAUGAAAUACCUACAUAAUAUUAAUACUAUUAUAAAUUAUUAUUUUUGAUAGUAAAUUUGCUAUUCAGUGUUAUGUAUUGAUGAUAUAAUAUAGAUAGGUGUAUAAACAUUAAAAUAAAAAACCUCAUUAUAAAUCAUAAUUAUUAUAAUUAGUUAUUUAUAUUAUCUACUGGUUGAUGUAAUGGGUUUUAACUAUUAAUCUCACUAAUAAUUCAAUCACUUAUCUAAUAAAUUAGAUUUAUGUAUAUUUCUGUUCAUUAUAGUCUAUUAAUUUUUUGUAUAUAAGACAUGGACAUAUUUUGGUGAUGUCACUAAAUUUGUAUUUGGUUUAUUCUUCAAAGUAUAAGUUAUUUUAGAUCUUGAAUUAAGUCUACAAUAUAUUUUUUCAUUAUGAUGUAUUUUUUUUUCUAUUUAUUAACAACUUUUCGACCAGAUCUUCAAUCAAUUUGGUAAUCGGAAAAAAGCUAUUACACACAAAGAUAAAUUAGAUUUUUUUUUUUUAAUUUUAAAUACACUUUAUGGGUAGGUAUAAUGUAUAAAUAUGUACAAUUUUAGAUUAAAGUAAAAUAUGUUUAUUGAUAAUAGGGAAUAUUUUUAUUUAUGACUAAUAAUCACCUACAUAAAUUAUAGUGUUGGACAUUUAUCGAGUAAAUUUAUUUUGAAUACAAAAACUAAUUCAUAGUUACUAAAUUAUAAUCCAUUAUGAUUAUUCCCUGAAUUUUUCAUAGAAUUCCAGGUUGGAUUAUUAAAGUAAAUAAAUAAUAUUUAUAAAGUUUCUGUUAUUUCAUUCAUGUUGAAUUCAAUAUCCCUUUAAGAAAAAAAUAUAGUAACAUGAAAAAAGAAAUUUAAUCUUUAUUCAUAAAAACAAACAUAAAUACAAAUUUAAACAGAAAUAUAAUACUUAUGUUACUUAUAAAGCUUUUGCUAUAAUCAGUCUUCUUUAUUUUUAUUGAAAAAUUAUGUCUAAACUAGAUUAAAGUAAAAAAAUUCAUCCAAAUGUUGGGUAGAUAAAUAAACCCAUUCGUAAAUACCCAAAAAAUGUAUGUAUCCAUAGAGAACCAUGGCACGUCGCUUAUGUUUACCUAUGUUUUUAAUUUAAUAAUUUAUAAACAGUUUAUCAAAUGUGUAUUAUACAUAAUUAAUAUUGUUUACCACUUAUUCUAGCAGAUUCAACUAACUAAGUCUUAAAACUAUAUUAAUUUCAUGUCUUACAGUUAGAUUACGUGUAUGUACAGGGUGAUAUUUUUUUAAAACAUAAAAUAGAAAUAUAAACUAUUAAUUUUCUUGAAAAUUCCGAUACUUUUACCUAUUGAUAUCAAUUUUAGUAUAAAUGGUUUAUUAUUAUUAUUAGCUACAAUGAUUAAAAUCUUAAAAAUAAAAAUAUCAAAUAAUAUACAAUCAAUACUUAUGAUAGUUAAACUUCUUAGGUUACACCUUGUAUUUAAAAGGUGUUUUAUACAAUUGUAUGAAUUUUAAUAUUUGUAUGAUACUUCAAUGUUAAAAGUUUAAUCUAUGGUCAAUUAGUUAUAAAAAAUUAAAGAAAAUUUUAAAAUACAAUAAAUAUGUAAUACAUGUAUGGGCAAUAGUAAAAAAUUGAAAAUUAUUUAUUUUAAAAGUAUUUUAUCAUUUUAGAUAUGUAUAAUACAGUGCACAUGGUUUCCAUUUGUAUAAUAUUAGAGUAUAAAGUAAUAAAGGUAAAUACCCAAAAAGUAAUUAGCCCCCAUUAUUUUCUGUAGUAUUAUCAUAUUUUAUUUAUAAGUAUUGUAGUUUUUAAAAAAUAAUUUAUAAAUAACUUACUAACUAUUUAAUAUUAAAAAAUUAUUCACCUAACAUUAUUCUAAAAAUGUUCAAUAAAUGUAUUUCACAAAUAGCUAUAAGUAUAAGUCAGUGAUUCUCAAUCUGUGGCAUGUGUAUCACUGGUGGUAUGCAGAAAGCCCAUGAUGCUAGUAUGGAAAAUUAUUAAAUACAUGUUUUGAAGGUUUAAACAAUUACAUUUUUAAUCAUAUGUGAUACUCAGUAGAUACAUAAUACACAUGAAUGGUACACAAAAUAAAAAUUUUAAGAACCUCUGGUAUUAUAUUCAAAACUGCCGUAAAAUAUAUCCUCAUAACAAUACAAAAUAAAAAAGAAACUAAUGACAGAUUAAUAUUUUCAUGGGUUAAUUUUUAUAGUAUAUAUUAUGGUAAAAGUUGUUAUAUGUAUACUUUUUGUGUAUGAAAACCAAUUGUGUACUCUUAGAUUUAACAUUGGGGUGUAUUUGUCUAUUAUUAAAUCUAAAGAACAUUGUCUAUGUUUGUAUGUUGUUUUUUUUAUAUUUUUAUUUUUAAAUUAGUUACAGAUAUGUACAAUAUUACAGUUUUUAAAUCAUCCUACCUAGCUUAAAAAUUAAAAUAAAUUGUUGUAAUUACUAAUAUAAAUUGUAAAAUACGUUAAAUUUAAAAUAAAUUUUAAACAAUUACAAUAAAUGAUUGCCAGAUACUUAUCUGUAUUAGUAAUGAGAAAUAGUAUUAUGGUGUAUUGUAACUAUUAUUUAUUGUUAUUAUUAUAGUAAGUUAAAAUUUAAUUUCAUCCUUAUACAGUUUUUACUUUUAAAAACUUAUCUAUAACUAUCUUACAUUUAGUGCUGUUGAAAAUAUAAUAUGUAUUCCUUUUUUCUAACGAGUUACUUCAUUUAUCUAUUAAUUGCCUAUGUACAAAAUAGCCAGUUAAUGUAUGAAACUGUGUAUUUAAAUUUUGAGAGUUUACUUUGUUCAAUUAGUAUGAAUAAUGUGCACUUUAGCCAUUUUUCAGAAUUUAGUUGUAACAUAAAUAUAAAUAUAUUUUUUUAAAGAAAUACACAAUCUGUAAAUUUAAUCAUUUUUAAUUUAUAUAAACUGUAUUUCUGUAUAGUAAUAAUCAAGAUUAUAUGUUUGUAUACUUUUCAAUUUACAAAUAAGAUAAUAAUUAUUAUAAACAAUAGUGUGAGUCAAACCUAUAAAUAUAACUAUUCACCUACAUAAAUUUUAAUUUAGUUAUUUAGCACACUAUGUGCUAUAUUGAAGGCAUGUGGGCAUGUAGCCAUUAUGAAAAUAAAUGGUUUCUAUUUAAUAGUCAUUGAGUGAUGUUUUAAAUUUUUUUUAAUAGGAAAAAUGUGUUUUUCAGUUAAAAAAUACAUUUGUAUUGUUUCUAUUUAGACUUUGGUCUAUGUCUUAAUACAUGGUUUAUCAUACAAAUUUAAUAUAAUAUUUAAAUAUAAUCUCAUUGUAAAAUUGACUAAUAUUAAUGAUUAAUUUUAUAUAACCAUUAUUAUAUAUUCCACUUUUAAACUAAAAAGGAUGUGAAAAAAUAAUGGUAUGUAGCAUUUAUACAUAGGUCAGUAACAGUCAGUAGCUGAGAGGAUUCCAUGAGGACUUGGUGUGGAACUCCAUCAGCACCUUUUUUUCAUGAGUUAGACUCUAGAGAUGCGUAUUUCUUGAAUAAUUUGAGAACAGUUUGACAAUAAGUCAAACAAAUUCAAUACUUUUAGAAAUAAUGAGUAUUCAAUGAUAAAAUAAUCACUUUGUAAUACUAAAAAUAAUAUACAUUGUUAGAGUAGGUAUAAUGUAUUAUAUUUCUUUAAACUAAAUUGCAUAAAUUCAUCAUUAUCAUAUUAAAAAAAAAAUUAGUUGUUAAUUUCAAAUUGUUAUUAUACUAUUAUACUAUAAUUUGGUUUUUUUUUUUGUCCUAGGAUAUCAAAUUUUAAAUAGGUAACUGAGCAAUAAUUGAACAUUUAUUCACUCAAGUAUUAUUACAAUUAACUAUGCUGCCCAAUACAAUUUCUGUAUCAUCAACUUUGGUAAUUUGUAUUUUAUUUUAUUUAUGUUAUUUAUUUACCUGUUUUUAAUUUUUUUUUAGCCUAGAGUUAAAAAUAAGACAUAUGACCAAAACACUAAAAAUGUUUCAAAUUCUAAGUCGGCUGAUUUUCAAAAUGAUCGUAAAAGUUGGCCUUUGGCACAGGUGGUUGAAUGUGUUACUAUUGAAACAGUACCAGAUAUAAUACCACCAUUAGUCAAAGAAAAUGGAUCUAAUGUUAUUAAUCCAAUUCCAUCACAAAAUGGAAGUGUAACGGGUCUUCCAAAGGACAAUUUAACACUUGAUUGUAUUAAAGAAUCACAUAUUGAUAAUCAAAAAAAUGUCUUGAAAAUCAUUUUACCUCUAGUCAAUGAAAAUGUGCCAUUGAAUUGUACAAAAACAAUUGAACAUGAUCAAUUAUUAUACGAAAAAGACUGUAUUCUUUCAAGCAAUAAUUAUGAACAUUAUUCCCCAAAACACUGUGUGGACAUGUCAGUAUAUAUUAAUAAAAACAUAAAUAAACGAAAUUAUUCCUUACCCGAAGACAGUGAAUUGAAUCGAUUUAGUUCAACAUUUGAAAACAUAAAAAGUUUACUUAAAGAAGGUCUAGUAGAUGGUUUAGAUGAAAUGCCUCCUGACUUUCUACCUCCAAACCCACCUUUACUGUAUAGAGUUUCUUCAUUACCAAAUCUUCUAAGUCAUAAUAGUACAAACAGCCAUAAUUCAUGUUUAUACUUAACUAUGUGUGCAACCAAACACGAAUUAAUUAUGAGUAAACUUUGUAAAAAAAUUGUGGCUAAACAUGACAUGUCUGUGCAAGUAUCAACCGAAUUACUUAAAAAUCAAAAUCAAAAAAUCCUUGUUGACACAAGUUGCCAGACAGAAGAUAUUUUUAUUAAUAAUUGUCUAGUUAAUGAUAAAUUGUUGUACAAGGAAACAAAUCAUAAUAUUUGUCAUACUAAUAUUAAUGUUCUUACCAAUGAUUGUGAAAUAAAACUGAAUAAUGACAAUGAAAUGAAAAAUAACAUAAACGAAGAUUGCAUCAGUAUUGGUUAUACAAAUAUUAAAAUGUUUAAUAUAGAACAUGAAAUUAAAACUAACGAAGAAGAAAACUUAUCCAGUUUUGAUUACUCUGAUGUCAACAUAUUUAACAAGGACCAUGAAGUUAGUACUAAUGAAGAAGACUGUACAAGUGUUGGCUAUAUAAAUAUAAAUGAUUUUAAUAAAGAAAAAGUUAGAACUAAUAAGGAUGACUGUUUUUCUAAUGGUAGUUCUGAAAAAAUUGCAUUAUUUGAAAAAGUUUACAAAAUGAAAUCCAGUGAAGACUGUCCCCAAAUUGAUUAUACAAACAUUAAUUCAAUUGCCAGUGGAAAUGAAGUUUGUGUUCAUGAAGAAGGUUGUUCCAAAAUUGGUUAUACAAAUAUAAACAUAUUUGACAAGGAAGUUGAAGCCAAAAUGAAUGAAGAGGACUGUGUUGAUGUUGGUUACACAAAUUUCAGUUUAUAUGACAAAGAUCUUGAAGUUGAUUCUAAUGAUGAAUGUGAAAAUUAUGUAAACGCAAACAUUUUAAAGGAGUUUGUCAAUGAACAAUUAAGCAUUAACAAUGUUGAUGGAGAUUUUGAUUCAUUUUUGUUUGGCCCAUUGCCCCCUUCACCUAUUGAAGAAAUUGGUAAAAUAUUUAACAAAUAUUAUUUUUUAAUUAAAUUUCUUUUCUUUUGUAUUCAUCCCAACUAUUUGUAGUCAGUCACUAUUGUCCUAAACUUUCCUCAUGUCCUCACAUAUACUCAACAUUCAUAUCAUUCUCAAUUGCAUUCAAUCACCUUUUUUGUCUACCUCUCCCUCUCUCCUCUUUUUAUAUUUUCAUCAAAAUUCUUACAGCUUUUGAUUUAUCUCUCCUCACAACAUGCCCAAACCAUCUUUAUCUAUUUUUCCCAUUUUGUUGACUAGCGAAACUACACCUAGUACCUCUUAUGUACUCAUUAUUUAUCCUAUCUUCUCUCAAUACUCUACUUAUCCAUCUAAGUAUUCUCAUGUUUGGUACACUCAUUCUCUGUUCUAUUUUCCUGCCCCCCCCAACAUUUCAAACUAUACAAAAAUUAGCCUAUCUCACCACAAUCUUGUAGAUCUUACCUUGAAGUCUCAUUAGAAUCCUCUUAUCACAUAAAACACCUGAUACUUUUAUCUAUUUUAUAUAAUUAAAUUUAUUUUGAAACAAUUAUUUAUAGUUUCAGAGUUAUCUGUAUUAAAUAGUGUUGAAACAAAAAGAGAAAACUCAGCACCUGUACCUUUUAUGUUUGAUAUUCACAAAAAUGAGCCAAGUACUUCUAUUAUCAAAUCACGAUCAAUAGAUGCUGAAUUUUCUCACAACUUUCAACAACAUCAAAAAAUUGGAACACGAUCUGUAAGUAAUUUGUUUUGGAUAUUUAUUAUUUUAGAAUGUAAUAUUCUGUGGUUUGAAAGUUUUCCUAAUUUAUUGUACUUUAAACUUUGAAUCAGUUAGGUACCCAAUUUAAAAAAAAAAAAAUGUAUAAAAUCAUUUUCAAUGAAAUUUUCAAUUUUUUAAUACAAGAUAAUAAAUAAUAAAUGUUGUAACUACUAACCACAAAUAAUUAAUUAAUGGUGAGACAAUAUUCUUUUUUUAAAUACCUGAUAUUCUGAUAUUUUCAGCCUUUAAAAACCUAAUAUCUUAUCUAAUAUUUCAAAUUGAAAACUAUGACCUUAUGCUAAAAUUAACUGAUUUAUCAAAUGAAAACUAGUUUUUUAAUGUUUUUUUUUUUCAGUUUUGAAAAAAAAUUGAUUCUGAUAUUACAUAUAUUCUUCUUAUAUACUAUAUAGGCUUAUGUUGAUACUCACCAUUACAUUACUUCAAAUAAUGAUAACAUACAAUUAUUAAUAUUUAUGUUAUAAUUAAUAAAUUCUUGUUUACAUUUACACUUAAUUUUACUAAAAAUGAUUUGAAUGUAAUCUAUUUAUGCUAAAAUUGUUUUAACAUUAUUUUUAUAAUUUUAAAUAAGUUGAUGGACUAUUGAUGGGAAAAAAAAAAUGAAAUGAAGCAAUUUUUUUAUUUAUAAACUUAUAAAUAAGUCAAUAUUAAAUUGUUUUACCAAGUCAAAUUAAUAUGCUCUAUCUAUAAUUUAUAAUAACAUUAUUCUCAUUAUUCUAUUUAUAUACUGAUAUUGGUAUUUUAAAAUAACAAUAUGGAAAUAUUUAAUAAAAUAUAUAAAUAAAAAAUUUAUUUAUAAAAAUAAAAUGAAUAAAUGAAUCAGUACGUCUAGAGUAUUAUGAUAAAUGUAUUUUUUGACUACACAUUAUGCAUUGAUUCAUUUAUUUGUUUUAGUUUUAUGUAUACAUUUUUUAUUUAUUUAUUUACUUUAUUUGAAAAUAUUUGUUAAGUAUACUUUUAUUUUGAUAAAAUCAUUUUUGGUGUAUAUCAUCUUUUCAGUAAAUACCAACAAACUGAAAAUAUACAUAUUUCAAUAAAUAUAAGUAAGAAAAUGCUAAAAGACAUGUUGUAAGUAAGAAGUUGGGAAAGUGGGAGGGAACUUUAAGUGUUGCUCUGUUAGGUCUGUCAACUAUAUAUUUUGUUUUUCUUUGAUACCCCCUCUCCCGAGUUUUUCCAUUUAUCAUUAAAACAGACAUAUGGAAAAUUAAAAAAAAGUUAUAAAAAUAAACCUAAUUUUAAACCAGUUAACAUAUGCUAAUGAUAUUUUGAUUUUCUGAUUAAUUAUAAAAUGUAUUUUUUCUAAUAUUCAUAAAGUAACAAUACUCAACUGUUAUCUAUGUCACCAAUUAGAAGUUGGAUCAGUUUUCCAAAUUUAAUUUUCUCUAACUUCUGUAAAGUUUGAAAGUUAUAUUUUACUCUUUACACCUUAAUUAUAAGUUAUGUCAACUAAUCUACUACCUGCCCAUUACUCAUUUAUGUGAUUGAGGUACUGCUGUUUUACAAACAAAUAUGUUUUAGUCCAAUAAACAGUUAAAAAUAAGACAUCUUAUCAUUGCCAGGUUUAAAUUUUUAUAUUAUGUUUAGAUAUUGUUAGGUUAGGAUAUUUGUUGACAAAUUUUCUAGGUUAUUUAGGUAUUAUUUGUGGUCAUGUAGUUUUUCCACAUAAAUUUCAAAAAUAAUAUCUUAAUUUUGGAAUUAAAAAUCCUAAAUAUUUUGUGACCAAUUCAUAUUUACUUUUAAAAUUUAAAUCAGACCAAUCAGAUUGUAUUAGGGGUGUUACCAACGUAAAAAUAAAUAAUUUGCCUAUGCAAUAAUUUAACCCUUAAUGCUCUAAAACUUUAUUUAAAUAAUAAAUUAAGUAUUCACUAGUGAAUAGUUAAUCUACCUCGGUUAUUUAUGGUUAUUAAUGAUUCAGAUCCAGAAACUUUAGUGUUCAUCACAAAUUAAUUAAGUGAAGCCAGCAAUAUGUUCAAUAAUAUCUUUAACUACUUGCUAUAAAAAUGUAAAUUGAUUACUAUUCUUAAAUUAUUGUAAAUUAAUGUCUUUGUAAUUGCUUGGAUAGAUGAGAAAAACAUUUCUAGAUAAUUUUUCGCUUUAUAUAUCUUAACCUAGAAACAUGUUAUCAUGAUCAAUCAAAUACUCUAUUGUACAAAAAUUAAUAUUAUUUAUAUAUAUAAAUUAUUUUUAAAAAGAAAAUUGACACACUAAAAAAUAAAUACAUUAUUGAUUCAUUUUUUUUUUUUUUUUUUUUUGAUAAUAAAAAUGUCUAUACAAACAUCUUGUUCAAUAUUUGCUAUAUUUCAAACUGAAUCAGAAAAAAUCCCAUAUCAAUUUUCUGACAACUGAUUAUAUCCUGUUAAGAGCAUAUUAUAAUGCCACUAUUACAAAGAUUAUUGCUGAAUAAUAAGAUGCUGCUGAAUUUCUAUCAUAUAUAUAUUUUAAAAAUUAAUUAACAAGCAUUUGAAACGUUUUCACUUGUGAAUAUGCUCCAAAAUAAUAAUAUUUUAUAUAAAUAAUAAUCACAGAAUAAGAUAGAAUGGACAGUAAAUAUAAGAGCUGGUAAAAGAUAGAGACACAAAGUUGCUAAAGUUUUUAGCAAUUGUCAUAGUUUAAAAAAUAUGAAAAUUAAAAAAGCUAGAAAAUUAAAUUAUAUUAUAUUAUUAGACAAAUAGCAAAAAAAAACUUUAAUAGUAAUUAGUUUUAAUCUAAAUUGUAGUAUUAAAACAAAGUAAAAAUAGAGUUUUUUGUAUUCUGAAAAUCAGUAGUACAUUAAUUAUUUAAAUAACAAAUUAAAAUUAAAAUUAAUUAAUCUAUAUACCAUUUGAAUAUGUAUUGUUUUAUUGGGAAUUGUAGGUUCAGUCUGAAAGAAGAACUUAUCCAUCUGAAGUACCAGUUUCUGAUGGAUAUCCCAAACCUUUAAUACUUAAAACCAAUAUUCAUCCGAGUACAAUUGAAAAGUUAUCAGAUAUAUCAAGUUCAUUACCAGAUACCCCACUUUUAGGAAGGUGUGAUUUUCCUAGGCAAUAUUCAGCUACCAGUACUAAAACAAUGACUCAGAUGUCAAGUAAGUUGAAAUAGUACUUGUAUACCAGAACAUAAAUGUCAAACUAAUUAUUGUUUGCUAUUACUUUCAUAGAUAGUUUAAGCAUCAACAUGAGAAGUGCUGGUCAUGGAUCUAAUAUUGGUUUGGGUCAAGCAAUGGCUGGUGCUGAACUGUUACACUUGAACGGACCUGGCAGGGGUUGGUACCCUAGACAACGGCAAUUUCGUCCUGUUUCAGUUGAACAACUGGAUAAAUUGGCAAGCAAAAGUCCUGUGGGUCACUCACAGUGGGACACAAGGGAAGGCCAUAAACCUGUUACAUUACCCCCAAACCUUACACCAAAGUUCUUCCAUAGAUCCCCCAGAGAAGCCCUUCGGCGUGUCACUAGUCUACUUAUUAGAAAAGGUUAAUAUUUUUUUUUUAACAAAUGAGUUGUUUAUAUAAAAGUGUCCCACAAAAAUAUACCCAAUGUAAUAUUUCCGGAGAUAAUAAAAAUAAUGACUACAAAUAUUUAUAUUUCAAUAUAUUUUUUAUUUUAAUUAAAACUUUAAAAAAAUUAUAUUUUAAUACUUUUGAUAAAUUUUAAGAUAGCCAUAUUAUUGAGUUUAUUCUUCUACAAAUUUGUAUUUAUCAAUUUUUUUAUAGUUCAGAGAAAAAAGUGUACAGUCAAUUAACACAACUUAAAAAUUUAUAUUGCUUAUCCCCAUGAGUAAAAUAAAAAUAAAAAAGAAUUUGAUUAUGUUUAUUAUCUCUAGAGAUAUUACAAUGGGACACCCUAUGUAUUAUUUAUGUAAAUGGUUAUUCUAAAUUUUAGGUAAUACAAACAAAGGUAACAAAUCUAAAGCUGUGUUUUCUUCGUCAGUGAUUGGUCCACAUGGUAAAUGCAAUUUUUAAUUUUAUUUUCAUAUACAUUUGUUUGAUUUAUAAAAUCCUAAAUAUUAUUUUUUAAAUAUUAAAAAUACAAAGGAGAAUUCAAAAUAUUUAAUAAUUAUAAACUAUGUCCACAAUGAUCAGACACUAAAUAAGUUGCUUUAUUCAAUAUUUUUAAUAUAUAUUAAUUGAAGUAAUUAGUAUGCCUCUGUACUAUACUGAAUAUGUACAUUUUUUUUCUUCAGUUGGAUGAAUUUUAAAAAUUUAAAAAUAACUAUUUUUUAAUAGAGAUUUUUUUUAAAAAAAAAAAAUGUUGGUGGUUAAAACUUAAGUUUAGGUGAAGUUUUUCAUUUUCUAUAAUUUGUUGAUAUUUUGUAAAUGUAAAUAUGUUUGUGGUUUAUAAUCUAUUAUAAUAUUUAACUAGUAAAUAAAACACAUAACAUGACAAACGUUUUCCAUUUUAUAUUAUACAAUAAUACUUCUGAAUAAUGAUUAAAUAUUAUAAACCACAAUAACAAUUCAAAUAUGCAAAAACUUAAAAAUAUUGUAAAAACGACCUGAACAAGAGUAUAAAAAACAACAAUUUUGUAAAAUUCUAUUUUGAAUUUCUUAUAAAAAUCAUAUGGACUUACAAAGAAGUUAAUUUUUUUUUCCAUGGACAACUUUUCUACCAACAAUUUUACUCCAAUUUACAAUGAUAGCAUUUUUCUAAAAUGAAAUCUGCCUGGAGACUUUAAGACCACUUUUUGAUUUUCUAAGAAGUUUUCCUAAUGGCAAAAUAAAAUAGGAAAACAAUAUUAAACAAAUAUUAAAUAAAUUAUAUUGUACAAUUAUUACAUUAUAUAAAAAAAUAUAAUGCAUAAAUAAUUAUUUUACCAUAAUGUGACAUAUAUAUUGUUGACAAAGCUACACUAUCAACCGAAUUCCACUCAGAAUCGUUUUUUGUUAGCAAUGGUUUAUCCUUACUUACAGGUUUAUAUUAAAUUACUUAUAACAGUAGCUGCACCCAUCCACAUUAUCUUAGAAUUAAAUUUUAUAUCUUUAUCUAUGUGCACUUAAUCCAUGUUUCAUACUUAAAUUGUAACAUAUAUAUUAUACAUAUAUAGGGUUAUUUAUUAAGUGUGCUCAUUACAUUUUUUUGGUUACAUUUUGCAUAUAUUCAAAAUGGAGUUGAGCCCAUUAUCCUAAGAACUUUGCACCCGUUUAAUCUUUGCUUACAGAUAUACAUUAAAAUCGACAAUAUAUCCUACAUUCCCCACCCAUUGUGCAAAGUAUUUCUGUCUUUUUCCUUAUUUUUAUUUUUGUAAUUUAGUUAAAAUUAUUUAUAAAGAUUUGAUUUUGACAUAAAAAUUAUAAUAAAAUAAAUUAAAAAGAAAAUUAUUUAAAUGGUUAAUACUUGCAAAUAAAAAUAUAAAUAAAACAUGUAUAUUUUUAUUUACUAUAGAAAAAUUAUAUUAGUCUUUUCUAGAAUGAUACAAUUUUUAAAAUAUUUUUGAGCUAUUUAUACUAUGUUGAACCCUAAUUAUAAUAAACAUGUACAUAUUUUAUGUUCAGUCUUAAUUUAUGUAUCUUUAAUAUAUAUUUUAAUACUAAAUAAUCUUGCUCACAAUGAAAUAUUAUAAUUAAAUAAUAUAUUAGUUGUUAUUUAUUUAUUUGAAUUCAAAUUUUUAAUUUUAUGAGUUAUUUAAUUACUGUAUUACUGUUGAAAUUUAUCAUAGGUGAUAUAAGUGAAGAAUGUGUGACUAAUCAAUCCACUAAACGUGGCUUUUUCAAAAGUUUUUGGAGAAAAUAAGACUAUUUAUAAUGUGCAAUCAAAAUAAUUAUGCGGCCAACUGUCUUUAAUUACUAAUUUUUCAAUUUAUCACUGCUCUGUCUUCAUAUCUAUGUCUAACAAUAUGUAUUUAUAUUUUAUACAUUAGGUACUAACUUUUAAUUUGUAAUUU